AAUUGACUGUUCUUUUCAAUCUAUUGUUGCUUGCAUUUGCCUUUGUCUUCUGUCUUGAUAUCGGGUAGAAAAAAGAACGGAGGAGGAGACAAUCGUGAGCAGAGUUUGUAGAUCCAUCGAGAUCUGCUCUACCAGAAUCGCCCGCCGAAAUUUAGAGCGCUCUAUUUUUGUCACAUGCUUCUUUCUAAGUGGAAUUAUUCAAAUAAUUAAUGUAAAAGAAGAGAAAACAAUGAAUUAAAGAGUGCGCGUGGAGUGGAGAGAUGAAUGUGAGCCAUGCGUCUGUUCACCCGGUUGAAGAUCCUCCGACGACGGGCGGCGGAAAUAAUAACAACAACGGGCCGAGAGUUAGGAUGAAGGAUGUACAAGGAAUGCCUGGCACGAAAGGGGGCCUCGCAUUGCGUGUCUCUCAGUUUUUCUUUGCGGCUGCGGCACUUGCUGUUAUGAGCACCACCAGUGACUUCCCUUCUGUCACUGCUUUCUGCUAUCUUGUUGCUGCUGCUGGUUUGCAAUGUUUGUGGAGCCUUAUGUUAGCUAUUGUGGACAUAUAUGCCCUCUUGGUGAUGCGCUCCCUGCAAAACUAUCAAGUUGUCAGCUUGUUUGCUGUUGGUGAUGGGAUCACAUCCACUCUUACAUUUGCUGCAGCUUGUGCUUCUGCUGGCAUCACAGUCCUUAUUGAUAACGAUCUUAACAGCUGUUCUGAGAAUCACUGUUUGCAGUUUGAAACAGCUACAGCCAUGGCUUUCAUUAGCUGGUUCACUGCAUUACCUUCUUUUCUCCUGAAUUUUUGGUCGCUGGCAUCCCGAUGACAAAAGAGAAUAACUGAAAAACGAGAAAAAGGGAAGAAUGAUGAUACUGGCCAUUUUUGUUAAGACGAACUGAAAUACAUGGUCUUGUGUAAUCUUCAUAAUUGUUGUACACUCCAAUUCCCAAAGCUUGAAUUCACUUCUGAUCCCUCCUGAAUGUUCUGUAAAUCAGGAUGCAAUGUAAAUAUUCCAUUGUCUAUUACCAAGGAAAUGAAUUUGAUUGAACCACUAUGGUGUGUAUGUUCAAUUUGGAAUAUCUGAAUAUGAAACCGUGUGAUGUUUGAAGAGUGUU